GAGAGAAACCUAAUACCUGCCAUCCAUCGUCACACUGUGCUUCAUGGUUUCUCACCUGGGAUCCAUCUGCAGCCUCGGCUGUUUGGCUGAAAGUGUGGACAUGAGCAUGACGAGCCCUCUCAACCUCAGCAGUCUGGGCCGGAUCUGCGGCUCCAGUCACAGCAAGGAAACGGUCAUUUUGGACCGGGUCAAGAGGAAGAACUCUGUCAGGCGCAUGUCAAUCAUUGAAGACGGUGAAAUUGCAGAAGUUCUCUAUCUCAUUCCUAAACAAUCCAUGAUGGAGCAGCUGCCUUUCCUCAACCCCGACGACUACAUCCUGUGUGAGAAGAUGGCUGCUAUUCCUGCAGAGCUGUCAGUGCUGCCUGCUCUGGACGGCUGCUACCCAAGACCAAAGCAGGCCAUCCUGUGCUUCAGAUGUGGGGAACAAUGCAAAGGAGCUGUGGUUCAGGUCCACAACACUCACUUACACAUGAAGUGCUUUAACUGCAAGGUGUGUGGCUGUGACUUGGCUCAGAGUGGCUUCUUCCUGAAGAACAGUGACUAUCUCUGUCCAGUGGACUUCCAAAGGCUUCAUGGCACGCUCUGCAACAGUUGUGGUGACUCAGUAGAGGGGGAGGUGGUCACGGUCUUGGGGAAGUCCUAUCAUCCGGCCUGCUUUGUGUGCACUAUUUGCAAGCAGCCAUUUCCAAUGGGGGACUGUGUGACCUUUAAUGGGAAAGACUGUCUCUGUCAUCGCUGUAUUCACCCUGGGUCCUCUGCUCCUAAUGACAUCAACUAUUCUGACUGCACUGGCUGUGGGAGAGACAUCAAAAAUGGUCAGGGUCUGUCAGCCCUGGGUGGACAGUGGCACCUCGGCUGCUUCAAGUGCAAAACCUGCAGGAAAGUGCUGAGUGGAGAAUACAUGAGCAAAGAUGGUUCUCCCUACUGUGAGAGAGACUACCACAGUCAGUUUGGAGUGAGGUGUGUGGCAUGUCACAAAUUCAUUACAGGAAAAGUCCUUGAGGCAGGGAAUAAACGUUAUCACCCAGGUUGUGCAAAAUGCAGCUUGUGUGACAACAUUUUCACAGAAGGAGAGGAAAUGUUUCUACAAGGGUCGACAGUUUGGCACCCGCACUGCAGAGACAACAGAACUGAGGACGGUUACGAGGCAUGGUGUCUCAAUGGUCCCACGUAGAAACUCAAGUUUGUUUUGCUGUAUAAACCACACAUUGCUCCAUAAAUUCAAAUGAAAUCUUUAGUUUAGAUUUACUUUUACUGAUGCAUUCUUACCAAACAAGGCAGCAGCACAAGAUACAAGACAUAGGGUUCACUGUCAUAUGCACAAUUAGCCAUCAAUAAAUAAAGAUGUGUAGUAGGAGUCUGCAAAAGGUCGCAAUAGAGCUCCCAAAGUUUGCACUCAGCACCAGGUUAGCUGGAAAAACAUUCAGUUCACUGUGACUUCCAAAGAGAAUCCACAGAGACCAAGCACAAAAAUCACAUUUUAUAUAUUCAUUUAUUUAUAUCGAACAUGUAAUUUAUUCAAAAGACAAAGAAAAAAAAGAACAUAUUUCAUGUUCAAAAGUACGGAAGUGCAUUGCAUCAAUAUUAAAAAUAACAGCUGUAAGCAGAAAACAGCUGUAGGCCAACCUGUUUCAUGGUUUUAUACCAAAAGUUAAUUAAACGUUAUUCUUAUAACAAAAAAGAAAGAAUUUACUUCAUUCAAAGCCAGAACUUCCCAGCGUCUGCGUCAGACUCCUGUAGAAACAUGGUGUGUUGAGAUUGUGGAGGACUUUGCUUAGCAGCCCAUGACUAUAUUAUUAUAAAUGGCUUAUCUAAGGCUAUGAAAAUCAUACAAUAAUUAUUAUACAGCAUUUGCAAGCAUAGUAAAUUAGAUUUUUGCUAAUAUAAAAUGCUAAAAUAAUAAUCCAGAAAUACUACAAACUAGCUUUCACCAGGACUGACUGUUGACUGUAGGAAAAUCAUCCUUAAAUUGGACGAGGUGAUGGUCUGGAUGAUGUUAGCUUAGAGGGCUCUAUGGGGGAGGAAGAGUCUAAAUUAGAGGUCUCAAACCUGCGGCACGUGGGCCACAUGUGGCCCCCCAAUGAAUUUCAUGGUAAAAUUACUUAUUUCUGUAUUUUUGUGAUUUAUACAUUCAUUCAUUGACAACUGUAUAUGUUGUUCCAUAAUAAAAAAAACAACACUA